AUGACGUGGGCGGAUGAGACGACCUUGAUCGUCGGAUACAGGUAUGGUGACGUGGCCGUGCUGAAAGUGGAGAUGAACAAAAAGAGGAUAGAGACCGUCUCCUCCCAGCGGGUCUUCUCACAGUAUUUGGAUGGUCUCUCCUUCUCGCCGAAGACAAAGAAAGUGGCCUUGGCAGGCGACGGCGCUAUCCGGAUCAUAGGCGCCGACAAUUGGGCAGAAGUGACGGAGGAGGGCAUCCAACUCCAUCUCCAGAUUGGCCGAGUCGCCCAGGUUGCGUGGUCCACGACUGGUGAACUUCUUUGUUUCUGCACUACUACAGAUGCUCAGGAUUUGUCGUGCAGCUCGUCUACUUUCACUGUUGACUUCGAGCCGAGCUUUGCCUCUUGUGGCAGACAUCACUGUGCAGUCGGAACAGGGAAUUUCGUCAAAUACUUCAGUUACGACUCAUCGAAGGUAGCCUUGCACGUUUCGGCGGGCACUAUGGACUACAUGCGUGCACAGGGCGUGCACUGCAAACAUCCCGUCUCUCCCUCAUCACAGGGGGUUGCUGCCAACGGCACAAAUGUCCAAGUAGACGACUCGCGUCAGGCGAGCACGGCCCCAUAA